AUGUCCUCUGCAACUCAGCAGCCCGCCGCGAGGUCGAGCACGGCCUCGUCACCUUUUCCAUACGCCGCGGCGCCAGACAUCAUCCGCGCCCACCAGAAAGACGCAUACUUCCAGGGGCUCCUGACGAACCAGCUCGUCGACCUCCACAGGCGACUGCUGGGCGCCCGAUCCGCGCACGCAUGGGCCAACGAGUCGCGCACAGUCGCCGACCUGCUCUACCUCUGCCUGACCACCCUGAUAGGGAACCGCACCCUGGGCGAGGAGUAUUGCGACCUCAUACAGGUCGAGGAGCCCUCUAGGUCCAAGCCCACAUCGUCACACACAGAUGACAAGACCACCACCACCAAAUCCACCACAGCAGCACCAGCAGCACUAGGCGGUCCCAGGCUCCCGUCCAUCGGCCGCCGCUCAAGCCUCAUCGCCCUCUCGGUCCUGGUGCCCUACGCCCUCUCGCGGGUCCUCCCCGCCGUCCGCAGCCGGCUCCGCCAGCGCCUCGAGGCCCGCCUCGCCGAGCUGCAGAGGAAGCACAGGGCCGCGCACAACAGCGCCGAGUACCGCGCGAAGCGCUACGUGCUGACCCACCUGUCCGGCCUGACCUCGGGCGCCCACGUCCACGCCGCCGUGCUCGCCACCUUCUACUUCACCGGCGCAUACUACUCGCUGUCGAAGCGGCUCGCGGGCCUGCGCUACGUCUUCAUCCGCAGGCUGCCCGAGCACCCCGGCGGCGCCGCCGAGGGCAAGGACGGCCGUGCUGGAUAUGAAGUGCUCGGCGUGCUGCUCGUAGUCCAGCUCGCGGUGCAGGCCUACCUGCACGUGCGGUCCGUCCUCGCCUCAGCCGGCACCCCCGAGGAGGCAAGCGUCGAGGCCGCCAUCCGGGAGCGGGCCUUCGGCCACGGGGCGGCGUCGCCGGCCGACGUCUCGCUCGACCACGCGCACAGCUACGGCAGCGGCAACAACGACCUGCUCCUGCAGACGGGCGGUUCCGGGUCCGGGUCUGGCCAGCGCUCCAAGGCCGCCAUCGGCGCCACGACGCACACGCCCGUGCCCAGGGGCGACGCCGCCAGGUACGACCUCGGCGGGGACGCGGUCAUGGCGUGGAUCAAGGGCCGGUCGCAGCGCAAGUGCACCCUGUGCCUGGAGGAGCUCAAGGACCCCUCGGCGACCCAGUGCGGGCACGUCUUCUGCUGGUCGUGCAUCGGCGACUGGGUCAGGGAGAAGCCGGAGUGCCCGCUGUGCAGGCGGGAGGCCUUGGUGCAGCACAUCCUGCCCUUGCGGGUGGCGUGA